CAAAAAGAUGGACAAAGAAGAAGUAUCUCCACCUCGACAACAAAAUGGUAAGAAGAUGAAAAAGAAAAAAGUAUCUCCACCUCCUCGACUUAGAAGGAAAGACCGCAAAAACAUGGACAAAGAAGAAGUAGUUCCACAUGAUCUCUUCCAUGGAUUGACGAGACAACUUUCAGAGCCUCCCCCUCUUCCUAAAGAAAACCCAAGAUGUCCUGUGUCUCAUCCAGAUCGCCCUCACACACUUUGUCCUAGACUCGGCGGAAACACCGACUCUGGUUGUUUUUCAUGCGGCGAAAAGACAUCUCCCUUGAUCGAAGACCACAACUAUCAUUUCUUCUGCCAGACUUGCGAUGAGGAGUUCCACAGAGUUUGUCAUAUGUUUCCAAGGAAUUUAACACAUCCUUAUCACCUCCAACACCCUCUUACUUUCACCUUCCGGAACUAUGAAACCGGGUGCGUAGCAGACGGUAAUAUAGAUGAGUCUUUCUGCGCUACAGUUUUGUCUGGCUCCAACAUGUCUCAUCCUAAGAAGUUGGGAUCUAUCGAACCUGAUCAAUGCACAUGGUGUAGAAAAAUUAUCCAAUGCAAUUGGUUCUACCGUUGCUCUCUAUGCAACUUUUGUUUGGAUCUCCAUUGCUCCCAAAAUAUUCCACCUCUCCUUGUUGCAAACCCGAAGAAUCAUCAACAUCAACUCGUCUUCUACAGGCGACCUCUCUUGACUCCAUGUGAUGCUUGUGGAUUGGUCAAUGUGUUGGAUCCAAGCUAUGCUUGUUUUGAAUGUAACUACAUGAUCCAUCAAAGUUGCAUCGAGCUACCACGAGUCAUAAAGAUCACGCGUCACCAGCAUCGCCUUUUUCACACUCCUUGCCUCCAAUCGAAGAUUUCACCAUGUCGGAUAUGCUACGAGACAGUUGACACCAAGUACGGCCAAUAUUCUUGCAACCACGAGAAAUGCUCUUAUAUAGUUCAUUCAAAUUGUGCAACAAAUGAGAACGUAUGGGACGGGAAAGAACUCGAACAGGAACCCGAAGAACAAGACGAGAUUGAAGAUAUCCUCCCAUAUAAGAAGGUUUGGGGUAACCUAAUAAAACAUUUCUCUCAUGAACAUCUUCUAAAGCUCAAGAAGUAUGAUGGUGUAAUAGAUGUAGAGAAGCAAUGUCAAGCAUGCAUCCUUCCUAUCGACUCUCGUGAUUUCUACAAUUGCACGCACUGUGCUUUUUUUCUCCACGAGGUAUGUGCUAACCUUCUUCGGAAAAUGAGUCAUGCGUUACACAAACACCCUCUUUCCCUAGCCACCUCUCCUCAAAACCGCUAUGAUCUCAUCAAUUGUUCAGCUUGUUCCAGAAAGUCCACUGGUUUCAGGUACAUAUGUACCAAAAAGAACUGUGUGUCCAAGCACGUUCAGAUAGAUGUUCGAUGUAUUUCGUCAGUUCCUGAUUAUUUCACCCAUGAAAGUCAUGAACAUCCUCUGUUUAUCUCCACAUCUUCUAAAGGUGGAAACAAGACUGGUUGCGUGGGUUGCAAGAAGAUAGGUAUGCGGUCUUACCUACAGUGUACUAAAUGCAAAUUUGCUAUGUGUUAUCUAUGCGCUACAAUUCCAACUAAAGUAAGCUACAAAUACGACAAGCAUCCUCUUUAUCUAAGCUAUGGAGAAAAAUCAGAUGAUACGUACUGGUGCGAAGUAUGUGAGAAAAAGGUAAAUCCAAGGGAUAGGUUCUACAAAUGCAACGAAUGUUGUAUCACUAUCCACCUUCACUGCAUAUUCGGAUCUUCUGCUUAUAUGAAGCCUGGUUUCAGAUUCAAGUAUAACUCGUCGAAAGUGGAAGUUCGCCGCAACAGCAACAUCACUAGACCUUAUUGCGUUGAAUGUGGUCAUCGUUGUCCAGGUUACAUCUACUACAAAAACGAUAACUCUGUAACUAGUUCCUACACUGUUCAGAUUUUGAAAAGAGAGAGAGAGAUGGAUUGGGAUAGCGUUGCUGCUGAGGAUGUGAUUGAGGCGCUAAGAGAGGUUGAAUGGUCGACGCGUCCUCGUUCCUUGGCUGAGUUUUUCUCCAGAUUCGCUUUUCCUCGAUCUUUCUCUAAAUGGAUGAGCCGUCUCAAAUGCAAUCUCUACUACUAUAGGACGAAUUACUUCAUCCUGUUGAUUUUCGUUCUGGGUCUUGCACUUAUAACGCGACCUUUGGCCAUUCUUGGUGCUGCUCUUACUGCCUUAAGCUUAGCUUUCCUAAACGACAGUUUUGCAGCUACUUUUAAUGAGAAGAUGAUCCGGACCAUUAGGCAUUUCUCUCCACAUUUAGCUGCAAAGAUGAGGCCUCCCCACAUGCCUGUCAUUCGUGGGCGAUCUGCAAGUAGAAAGGCAGUCUAUGUUUGUGGCCAACCCCGUUUGGUAUUCGUCUUGAUUGGCUUAACUGCCAGUUUUGUCCUGUGGUUUAUGUCCUGCGGUUUGUUAUGGGUCCUCUAUGCAUUUACCACUGCCCUUCUCUUGAUCCUUCUUCACGCAAGCCUGAGAACUCCAAACCUCAAGGCACGCUUGAACACAUUCCGUGAAGAAUUCCGGGCUGUCUGGCGCAACUACAGUGAACUUUAAGAAUCGGCAGGAAGCACUGAUUCGAUCUUGAAGCAAAACCAAACGGGGACAUAUCGGUUUCAAGUAAGGACAUGAACUCCAAUUCCUUCCAUCAUGGGCACAAACAAUCGCAGUUAUUCUUGUCUUCUAAUAGUAAGCUGGUAAAUUAUAAGGCCACUUGUCUGAUUACAGAUAAGUGCUCUUUGUUCUAGUUAGUGAAAUAGAAAUACAAGGUUGAAAUCGCAGACAGGAUAUAGUGUUGUGCUCUUAAGGUUCCUUGUAAUGCUGCUCAACACUAAGUGUCUGUUGUAGUUGUGUGAAACUCGUACUCUUUACAGUGUGGCAAUGAUUCAGCUUUUACAUUACCUUCCUUUA